AUGGCUCUCGAUCCAUCCAACGGCUUCGUUGCCGCCGACAGCGUCGCCGGCCUCGAUGACGCCGGCCUGCCCAUCUUCGAUGUCCAGCGGGUUUCGCUGCAGUUCUCUGUCGCGGCUGACUUUGUCGCCGCCCAGGUCGCCAACAAUGUCUUGAUCCUCGCGCUCUCCAACGGGCGCAUCUUGCGCAUUGAUCUCAAUCGCCCCGAGGACAUUGACGACAUCGAUCUGCCCAAGAAGCCCUCAGAGGUCGGCGUCAUCCAGCGCAUGUUCCUCGACCCCACGGCCUCACACCUCAUCAUCUGCACCGCCCUCGGCGAGAACUACUACCUGCACUCGCAGUCCCGGCAGCCGCGGCCGCUGGCGCGCUUGCGCGGCGUGUCCAUCCAAGCCGUUGCCUGGAACCCCUCGCUGCCGACGGCCUCGACGCGCGAGAUCCUGCUGGGCGCUUCCGACGGCGACAUCUACGAGGCCUACAUCGAGACCUCGACCGAGUUCUACCGAAAGGAGGAGCGGUUCGUCAAGGGGCUGCAGAAGCUCCCGGACGGGCCGAUCACGGGCCUCUGGGCGGACAACCUACCCGGGCGAUCUGACCAGCGGAGGGUGCUCGUGAGCACGCCGACAAGGCUGUACCACUGGGUGGGCAGGGUAGGCAGGGUACACCAUGACGGGAGCGGCUCCAUAUACACCAAGCUGUUCGACGGGGAGCAGCCCGUUGUGCAUGAGCUCGGCAGAUCAUCGUCAGCAGCAGCGUCGCUCUCUACACUGGUCGUCUCACCCGACCCCGAAUCCGGGCAUUCCUAUGAGGAUGCCUCCCCGGACCGUGCAUAUGCGUGGUUAUCAUCACAAGGCGUCUUCCAUGGAAAGCUGCUCGUAACGCCUGCUGGGCCGGACCUAGGAAACAAGGUCUUCGCGGAGUCUAAGCUUACUUCAAAGUCACAACUCGCCUCUGCCGACCGCUCAAGGCGAUCAAAACAACCGAACGAGGCCAUUGAAGCAAUUGCGCUGACCCAGUGGCACCUGAUCACCCUGAUUGGCAAUCGGAUCGUUGCUACCAACAGGUUGACGAACGAAGUCGUGUAUGACCAGGUCAUCCUGGAACCUGGACAGAAGGCCAUUGGGCUGUCUGUUGACUUGCAGAAGAAUACAUUCUGGCUCUUCACAGGCCAGGAGAUCUUUGAAGUCGUGGUCCAGGACGAGGACCGGGACAUUUGGAAGAUCAUGCUCAAGAUGCAGCAAUUCGAUGCCGCCCUGCAGUACGCCCACACGCCGGCUCAGAAAGAUGCGGUUGCUACUGGCUCCGGAGACUAUCUGAUCAGCAAGAGGCUAUUCAUCGAGGCGGCUGGUGUCUACGGCAAGAGCAGCAAGCCUUUUGAAGAGGUUGCUUUGACUUUCAUCGAUAACAACGAACAGGACGCGCUGAGGAAGUAUCUCCUGACAAAGCUUGCGACUUUCAGCAAAUCAGCGGUCAUGCAGAGGAUCAUGGUUGCGAGCUGGCUGAUCGAGAUCUUCAUGGCCAAACUCAACUCAUUGGACGACACGAUUAUGACCAAGGCUGAGCUUUCCGAAACCCUGAAUCCUGCUCAGACCAAGGAGCAGCUCGACUCGGUCAGGGCAGAGUACCAGAGCUUCGUAACGAAAUACAAGUCCGACCUGGAUAAGAAGACUGUCUACGAUGUCAUCAGCAGUCAUGGCCGUGAGGACGAGCUACUCUUCUUUGCAAACGCCGUGAGCGACUACAACUACGUCCUGUCCUACUGGGUUCAGAGGGAGCGGUGGACCGAGGCCUUGGCGAUUCUCAAGCGGCAGACAGACCCCGAGGUCUUUUAUAGAUACAGCAGCGUCCUGAUGACGCAUGCAGCACCCGAGCUGGUCGAGAUUCUGAUGCGACAGUCCAACCUGAAGCCGAGGAAUAUCAUCCCGGCGCUUUUGGAGUACAACCGAAUCUACAAGGGCUCCCUACAGCAGAACCAAGCAGUUCGCUAUCUUCAGUAUGUUGUGAACCAGCUCAACUCUGGCGAUGCGGCUGUGCACAACACACUUGUGUCGAUCUACGCCUCCCAUCCCUCGAAGGAUGAGACUGCGCUCCUAUCCUACCUCGAGUCACAAGGAGACGAGCCGCGGUUCGACCCCGACUUUGCUCUUCGACUGUGUAUUCAGAACCACCGCACCCUAUCGUGUGUUCACAUCUACACAAACAUGGGGCAGUACGUGCAGGCGGUCGACCUCGCGCUCUCGCACAACGAGAUCGAGCUCGCCUCGGUCGUCGCGGACAGGCCCAUGUCGAACCCGGCGCUGCGCAAGAAGCUCUGGCUGGCGGUGGCGCGCAAGGUCAUCUCGCAGUCCAACGGCAUCAAGACGGCCAUCGACUUCCUCAAGCGGUGCGACCUGCUCAAGAUCGAGGACCUGAUCCCCUUCUUCCCGGACUUUGUCGUCAUCGACGACUUCAAGGAGGAGAUCUGCGCGGCGCUCGAGGACUACGGCCGCAGCAUCGACGCGCUGCGCAGGGAGAUGGACGAGUCGAGCCAGACGGCGGCCAACAUCAAGGUCGACAUCGCGGCGCUCGACCAGCGGUACGCCGUCGUCGAGCCGGGCGAGAAGUGCUACGCCUGCGCGCUGCCGCUGCUGAGCAGGCAGUUCUUCGUCUUCCCCUGCCAGCACGCGUUCCACUCGGACUGCCUGGGCAAGAGGGUGCUCGAGCAGUCCAGCCUGGGCGUCGGCAGGCGCAUCAAGGACCUGCAGGUGCAGAUCACGAAAGGGCUGGUGAGCGGCGCCAGGAAGGACGCCAUGAUUGCGGAGCUGGACGCUUUGGUCGCUUCGGCGUGCGACUUUGCCAUCAAGAAGAUUGACGAGCCGUUUGUGAAGGAGGGCGAGGAUAAGAAUGCCUGGGCACUGUGA